CUGGCCGCUGUUUCCCGCUGCUCCAGUCACCACCAUGGCGGCGCUCUGGCUCCACACCACGGUCCUGCUGGUCCUGCUGGCCACGUGGUGCCCAAGCUCCCAAGGCUUCCCCGCCGAGACUCUGUGUGGGGGAGAGCUGGUCGACGCUCUUCAAAUCGUCUGUGGGGAACGGAAUUUUUUCUACACGGCCAGGACGACCGAUGAGGACCCAGUGCAGCCUCAAAGGCAGAGGAGGAGCCUAAACAUCGCAGCUAUGUGCUGCUUUAUGACCUGCACCCUCUCCGACCUGCAGGACUUAUGUCACUGAACAUCCAGUUUCAACGUCAGCAGGAAGAAUCAGUUCACCAGCUGAAGUCUCGCUUUGAAGCCGACUAUUGUCCAGCUUCCUUAAAAAUUAAAUGCUAUUGUAUAAAAGAA